AUGGUAACAAGAGAGUCCUCCAGCAUCAUUGCUGUCCUCUACACAGCUUCUAUUUGUACCUGCUGGCACCCUUCCAUCACUAACAAUGUUACAGUUGAGCCAGUGCCGCUCUACGUCAUUGACGGGGAAAACGUGCUUCUUCUAACUACCAAUCUGCAAGACAAUAUUAUAGCCUUAGUCUGGCACAAAGGGGUAGAGAAUCUGGACCAUGGAAUUGCACUUUAUUCACUGCAAUAUAAUGUGAGUGUGACAGGACCUGCAUACAGUGGUAGAGAGACAAUUUACCGCAACGGGUCCUUGUUGAUCCAAAAUGUUACCCUGAAUGACAAAGGAUUUUAUACCCUACGAACCAUAAAUAGUAGUGGAUUUAUUGUAUCAACAUCACACCUGUACCUCCUAGUACUCGACCGGGAAGUCAUGAAUACAGCCUUCUCAGACAUAAAAGAAUCCAUUUGGAGAUGUGAGCACCCUUCCACCUCUGCCAAGUUAACUGUUGAAUCUGUCCCACAACGUGGUGCAGAAGGGGCAGAUGUUAUGUUACUGGUUCACAAUCUCCCACCGAAUCUUCUAGUUUUUUUCUGGUACAAAGGGGUGCUUCUGUUUGAGGACUAUGAGGUGGCCCGAUACAUACCAGCCAGAAAAAAAAGUGUACAGGGACCUGUACAUAGUGAUAGAGAGAGUGUGUACAGCAAUGGAUCUCUGCUGCUUCAGAACAUCACCUGGAAUGAUACUGGAUUCUAUACCCUGAGAACUCUGACUACAGAUCUGAAGGCUGAAGUAGUGCAUGUGCAACUUGAGGUAGACACCUCCCUUUCUACUUCCUGUAACCCUCUCAGCUCUGCUCCUGUAAUGAUCAAACAAGUGCCUCAGACUCCUCUGACAGGGGGAACCAUUAUAUUCAUUGUGCAAAAUGCACCAGAUCUUCAAACAUUUUCUUGGUACAAAUCAGGGAAUAGGGAAGAGAUAUUUAAAAUCGCAGAAUACAACAGAAAGAUGAACUCCACCAGCUGGGGUCCAGCACGAAGCAGAAGAGAAAGGUUGUUCACUGAUGGAUCCAUGAUGCUUCAGGACAUCACUGAGAAAGAUGCAGGAAUCUACACACUACAAACUUUAAGCCGAGAUCUCAAAAUUGAAGUAACACAUGUGCAACUCCAUGUAUAUACACCUGUGACAACUCCUUUUGUAAGAGUCACCCACACUUUAGUCACAGUACGUGGCUCUGUGGUCUUCACUUGCUUUACACCUGACACUGGAAUCUCCAUCCGUUGGAUCUUCAAUAACCAGACUCUGCAGCUCAAAGAGAGGAUGACGCUGUCCCCUACAAAGUGCAGACUGACCAUAGAUCCUGUCAGUCUGAAUGAUGCUGGAGAGUAUCAGUGUGAGACCUCCACUCCAGUCAUUUCGAAGACCAGUGUUGGAAUCAGACUGGAUGUGAUGGAUUUUUGA